AUGUCCAACUUCAACAAUUUGGCGGCUUGGUACAACGGUGUCGGGCAAGGCGGACAUGAGCCCAACCAAGAGCAGUUGCUUCGAGUGUUCCGUGCGCACCAGGCGGCUCUUCAACAGCGACGCUUCGCUCGUCACGAGAGAGCUGACUAUGUUGAGGCCAAUGGUUACGCAGCUGAUCCUAAGUGUUCCGCUUGCAAGGACAAGAUAAGCGGAGACACACGAUGUCUGAUCACAGGUCCUGGCACUAAGUGUCACUGCUGCGUCCGUCAGAGCAAGACAUGUUCCUUUGCAUCCUUCCAAGCGUUACUCGCUCAGGCUACAGCCCAGAUUCCUCAACCCGCUGAACCGGUCAUGCAGCCUGCCGCCGUCCAUCCUGGUCUCCUGACAAGUCACCCUGAACCCAUCACCGAGUACGCCUUCUUUGCCCAACCCUGGGUCAACCCUUACGACAAGGCACCUGUUGCAGGCCCCAGCAACAGUAACCCUUCUUACGAAGCUGCCGGGUCGGAGGCUACUUCUGACACCAACCAGUCCGACGAGGACGACUGGUACCAUGUGUACAAGCCGGAAUAA